AUGCAUGCCCUCUUUGCUGUUUUUGGCUUGUUCGUGUGCGCUGGAUCUACGCAAAACGUGCUUGCUUCAUCUUACAACGAGUCUUUCGACAUUGGAGAGGCUUUUGUUUUGACCAGGAAUAAUGACUUGCUGGAGAUAACUCAGUCUGGAGAGGCCAUUUGGAGUACCGUACCGGGAAACCCUUUCAUAAGCGCAAGUGCUGGCAACGACUCCAUCGUUGGAUCCAAUGGAGCUUUUAACAUUACCCACAUCGACAUUGAUAUCUGUCAAGAUCAGGACAUCAGCAGCAUCCAGCAAGUUCCGUGGGAUGGAACUGUCACUGGAAAGGCGGUUCAGAUUACCGGUCACUUGACAGACUGCGGGCAUGCAACUGCACCAUACUCUCUUACUCUUUGGGUGUCCAGUGACCUUCCCGAUCGAGUGGCCUUUUACAUCGAUAUUUCCGCCUCGUCCAACGAAGCACAACCUCUGAAGAAGCUCUACUUCAGCUUCGCCUCUUCCGCUGGCGAGGACUUCUUCGGAUUGGGUGGUCAAGCAUCGUUUGCGUCGUUGAAGAAUCAAAGCAUUCCAGUAUUCACCCGUGAGCAGGGUGUCGGUCGCGGGGACCAACCCAUAACGUCCAUCGAAAACGCCAAUGGCAGUAUAAGUGGCGGCGACUUUUUCACAGCGUACACAGCCGUCGCGUCGUAUAUCUCGACUGAGGCCAGUCUGUUCUAUCUCUCGGAGAAAAGCACUGGCUACGCAAACUUCGACUUCACUCAGUCUGAGUCAGUGACCGUCCGGUACGACUCCCUCAGCGUUGAUGGUGCUUUCACUCGCAAGCCCAAUAUGUUCGACGCCAUCGAGGCUUUGACAGAGUACACCGGACGUAUGCCAGCUCUCCCUAAGUGGGUUGACGACGGCGCUAUCCUCGGCAUUCAAGGUGGCCAGGAUAAGGUGAUCAGCAUUGUCGAGCAAGGUCUGGACCCCAGUAUCAAUGCUCCUAUUGCUGGAGUCUGGUUACAAGAUUGGUGUGGCACUCACAUUCAGCCCGGUCCAUAUAGUCCUGCGAUAAAUGUCUCGAGACUCUGGUGGAACUGGGAGAAUGAUGAAAUGCUCUACCCUACCUGGAAUGAGUUUGUUCAAGAUCUCCGCGACAAUCACAAUGUCCGCACGCUUUCGUAUAUGAAUGUGUUCCUGGCGAAUGUUUCCACGAAACCUACAGGCUUUCGAAGGAAUCUCUACGACGAAGCGAGUGCAUCACACUACUUUGUGCAGAACUCAACAACCAAUUCGACGGCAAUCAUUUCAAGUGGUCCAGGCUUGAAUGCGGGAAUCAUCGACUUGACCAAUCCUGGCUUGCGAGAGUGGUUCAAAGACAUCCUMAGAUCACAAGUCUGGGAUGCAAAUAUCUCAGGGUUCAUGACAGACUUUGGCGAAUAUACACCCGUCACAUCAGAUGUGCAACAGUAUGGUAGCGAUGAUGCAUUCUUUACCCACAAUGCGUAUCCUGCUCAGUGGGCAGAAAUACAACACUCCGUUGUCGAAGAACUCGGUCUUGAAUCAGAAGCCCUGCUUUUCCAUCGCUCUGCUUCAACAGGAUCAAAUCGCAAUAUGAACCUCUUUUGGGUGGGCGAUCAGAAUGUGGAUUGGGGCGUUCACGACGGAAUCAAAUCUGUCGUCACCCUUAUGGUCCACAUGGGAUUCUCAGGAUACAGCCAACAGCACUCUGAUGUUGGUGGCUACACCACAGUCUUGACGCUUUCCAACUACAACGUCACUCGGUCCCCAGAGCUUCUUGGACGUUGGGGAGAACUUGCAGCCGUCAGCAGUGCCGUGUUUAGAUCGCACGAAGGCAACAUCCCCUCUGUCAAUGCUCAAUUCUACAGCAACAGCUCGACCUACAGCUACUAUGCCUACAACGCAAGGAUGUUUGUUUCCCUUGCAAAGUAUAGGCGGAGCAUCCUCGAAACGGAAUGCGAGCCAAAGGGUUGGCCAUUGCUCCGCUCACCGGCUCUUUACCAUCCCACCGACUUGCGUGCCCGACAAAUUAGCUACCAGAGCUUUUAUUUGGGCUCUAGUCUAUACGUCGCUCCUGUUUUGGAUCCAGACACCUUUGAAGUGAAAGUCUACCUUCCAGGUACUGGCACUUUCCACCAUGUGUGGACGGGUGCGAUGUAUGAGGGCGGCCAGAAUGUCGUGGUGUCUGCACCAUACGGAAAGCCGGCGGUGUUUCUGGUUGAUGGUGCCAACACGACAGAAUUGCAGCCAUUCCUGGAGUUCGUAAAGAAUGAGAACGGAACGCUGCUGUCGGUGGAGUAG